AACGUCAGCGUGGGUCAAGGGCUUACUGUUUAUAACAGCUCGUCUUCAAGUAGUUGUCUUAUCCUAAAGACAUCUUUGCUGAAUCGUCUUCUACACAGAUAUCCCACUGUCCGUCGCCAUGUCGAGCCUGAAGCGUCUAGACAGUGUCCGGAAGUUGCAGGAGAUGCGCAGCGAGUCAACUGGAGCACUCAGUUUCUCGCAAAAACUGUUAACAUGUCUGGUCGGAAGUUGCACGUGUGCCAUAUUUUGCCUGAUUCUGCUGAUGGUCGUUGCUGGAGCUGCCCUCAACAUAGCCAAGAUUUCUAUGGGUGCGAUUUACUUCCACGACUGUCCAGCCCAGUCCUUGGUUCCCAUCUUCCUGAUUGUCGGGGGAGUCACCACUAUGGUAUUUAACUGUUCAUGCCGGCCCUCGAAGGAUGAGUCAGGCGAGAUGAAACUGGCUUGUGCUGGUUGUGGCGCCGUGGUGGGUCUGAUCGUCGGGGUGUUCACCCUGUGCUGGUUAAUCGUGGGAACCGUGUUUGUCAUUCGCACUUCAAAUGAGAUACAAUCCUGCCAAUCGACUCUUCAAACGACGACGCCAACAGCCUUCCCUGGCUUCAAUGUCACAUCCACGUCAACGCCAGCAAAUCUGUGUCCCAUCUGUGAUCAAGCCCUACUGUCUUUUGCUUACGGUAUAAUUAUCACAGAAUGGUGCAUUGUAGGAGUGACCUUGCUUGUGUUAUUCUGUUACUGCGGCGCAUUGUGUUUGGGAAGUGUCGCCCUGGAAUGAGUGAAGCUCAAACCGACUUGCGCUUUAAAACUCGGAACAUUUUCACUAUGCAUCAACUCAAUGUAUGAACCUACAGUUAUCGCAUGUAUGAAAUGAUAUUAGGAAAAUGUCAAUAUCGCAAACGUUUCAUCAGUAUUAUUGAUUGUUGCCGCACAAAUUUG